UAAGCUGCUGCUUUGAAGCAUGUUUAAACAGUCCUUACUACCCUGUCUUAGAACAGUCCUUAUUACCCUGCUGAGGAAGAGUACAGAUCAAAACGUGUUGGGAAUAAAAAACAAUCCAUGCAGCUGGUUUCUUUCUGUGCAAGCCCUGAUUGCCCUCCCCAUGACAAUUGAUCCUCCUCCCUGCAAUGUAAAUGUCUCCCAACAUGAUGUCCCUGAUCUAUAUGGAGAACAGGAGUGGAUGAAUCUGUCCAUUUUGGUUUUUCUCAUUUUUCAGUCUUCAAUCCAGUUCCCCCUAGGUUUACAAACCGUAAAAUAAAAUAAAAAGUCACAGUGCAGAUUCCUCAGCAUUCUAGUGCAGAUCUCUCUUAAUAGACACAUGCAUAUUUAUAUAUGUUAUGAAUUUUGCCCAAUGUACACAUAUAUUUUUUUUGCAAGCGAUUUCCACUGAUAUACUGUAAUGCAUUCCUGUAUGUCGCUGUCACGCAAAUACCUGAAUUUGUAUGAAAGCUUUCCCCCAACAGACACAUUUUGCGGUUGGAGGACUGCAUCACAAAAUUUGGAGAGGAUGCAAGAAGACGAGAAUGAAGGGGCUAAAUUGCGUUCCAGUUCCGGCAUCCAGUGGGAGCCAACCCUUCUUCUGCCGGAAAGUGAGAGUGAAGAGGGAACCUCUUGUCUGUUCCUUGACUUGGAGCAGCAUUGUCCCCCGCCACGUAAAACCUCGCGUCAAUACUUGAAGCGGAUCAUUGCAGAAUAUGAGGCACUGGACAUGGAAAUCCCGUGUAUUCGCAAGUUCCCCAAGCCACCAGCUGCCCGGCCCCUUUGCCUCUGUCUGGAGAGUCCGCCUGAAAAGGAGAUGAACCAUGCAGAGGUCCUGGCAGCAGUAGAGGAAGCCAUUCCAGAUGCGUUUGAGUCAGGACUCCUGCGCAGCAUCCAGUUUGAGAACAUCAAUGUGAUCUGUGGGACGGCUGGACGGAAGAACAGGUGGCUGAUCACAGUGUCAGACUUCCGGACGCGGAACCAGCUCCUGUGUUCGGGACUGACUUUGGGCGAAAACCACUUCGUACUGCGGCGCUGGGACGAUUUGGUGAUGGAGGACUAUCGCAUGCACCUCCGGAGGGCCCUCGCACGCCAGCGCCUGCUGGACACCCUUAGUGACAACUGGGAUGGGAACCAGUUGGAAGGGAUAUGAAGUCCUGGGAAGAGAACUGUCAGCAGCAGAGAGAAACACGCUGUUUGUCUGUGUAUAUUUUGCUUCUUUUCCCCUCACUAUAGAGACUCCCCUUUGGUAGGAUGGAGAUCCAGCCUGCCAGCUACUCCUGCUGAGAGCAAAUUUGGGAAGAGGGCACCCCCUGGAGGCAGUUUGCGGGACUUCCCCUCUCAUACGUUGCCAGCACAGUACA